AUGCUUAGGAUGAAGACAGCUCUGCUACUCCUCCUUGCCUUGGCUGUGGCCACUAGCCCAGCCUGGGCACUCCGAUGUUAUGUGUGCAGCGACAGCGCCAACUGUAUGAAGCCUCAGACCUGCCCAGCCAGCUCCCAGUUUUGUAAAACUGCCACCACAGUGAAUACUCUGUCUGGGAAUCUGGUGAAGAAAGAAUGUGCAGACUCCUGCGUUUCCAACCCCAGCCAGCAGGGCCAGAUCAGCAGUGGUUCCUGGGCCGUACAUUGCUGCCAGGGCGACCUGUGCAAUGGGAAGCUGUACAGCGCUGCAUCUGUACGUGCCCCGUUUAGCAGCGGCACCCUGGGCCUGGCAAUGAGCCUGGGCCUCCUCGCUCUUAUGGUUCUCAGCCUAUAA